AAUGUGUCACAUUGUUUGGGCUGAAAUAGAAUAUUAUUUUACAAUGAGACAUAGACGCAGCGUUUGUUGAACCACGCCCACUCUAAAGCCCACAAACAUAAUGGGAAACCCGACAUUUGAGCAAUCACUAUAGCACUGAAAAAGUUGACAGCCUCAAACUUCAUAUGUUUGGCAGCUCCGAAACCAUUUCAGUUCAGUGUUAUACAGAACGUUGUUCAGUCUACAUCUAUUUUAAUUGUGAUUUUUUCGGUGUUAUACAGAACGUUGUUCAGUCUACAUCAAUUUUAAUUGUGAUUUUUUCGGUAAAGUUCGUUGUGAUAAAAAUGGAAAACCCAAACGAGUUUACUGAGAAACAGCCACCUACCCAGGAGCAACCUACCCAGGAGCAACCUAGCAAGGAGCAACCUACCAAGGAGCAACCUACCCACCUGCCGGGUGUGAAAGAGGUGGCCCAAAAGUUUCUCGCCGAUUUGGACGAGAAACAGCCACCCAACCAAGACCAACCUACCCAGGAGCAACCUGCCAAGGAGCAACCUACCAAGGAGCAACCUACCAAGGAGCAACCUACCCACCUGCCGCGUGUGAACGAGGUGGCCCAAGAGUUUCUCGCCGAUUUGGACGAGAAACAGCCACCCAACCAAGACCAACCUACCCAGGAGCAACCUAGCAAGGAGCAACCUACCAAGGAGCAACCUACCCACCUGCCGGGUGUGAAAGAGGUGGCCCAAAAGUUUCUCGCCGAUUUGGACGAGAAACAGCCACCCAACCAAGACCAACCUACCCAGGAGCAACCUGCCAAGGAGCAACCUACCAAGGAGCAACCUACCAAGGAGCAACCUACCCACCUGCCGCGUGUGAACGAGGUGGCCCAAGAGUUUCUCGCCGAUUUGGACGAGAAACAGCCACCCAACCAAGACCAACCUACCCAGGAGCAACCUAGCAAGGAGCAACCUACCAAGGAGCAACCUACCAAGGAGCAACCUACCCACCUGCCGCGUGUGAACGAGGUGGCCCAAGAGUUUCUCGCCGAUUUGGAUGAGAAACAGCCACCCAACCAAGACCAACCUACCCAGGAGCAACCUAGCAAGGAGCAACCUACCAAGGAGCAACCUACCCACCUGCCGCGUGUGAACGAGGUCCAAAAGUUUCUCGCCGAUUUGGACGAGGAGCGCAAGCGAUUGUCCGCGGAGUUUCCACUUUGCGCACUGCUAAUAGACGAGGCUGUGGACCGUGUCUACGGCACUGGUCAUAUUCCCGGCAAGGAGCGCUUUUCAGACGUGUACCAGCAGAAGCCGAUGAAGAUUACCCAAAAGGUCUUCGUGCCCGUUAAUCAGUUUCCCAAGUUCAACUUCGUUGGCAAGAUCCUCGGGCCCAAGGGGAACUCACUGCGUCGCCUUCAGGAGGAGAGCCAGUGCAAGAUUGCCAUUAAGGGUCGCAGUUCGAUCCGCGAUCGUAACAAAGAGGAGCAGCUGCGCAGCUCCGGCGACCGGAGAUAUGCCCAUCUUGAGAAGAAUCUCUUUCUGGAGGUCAGCACGGUGGCCCCUCCGGCGGAGUGCUAUGCCCGCAUAGCCUACGCCCUGGCCGAGAUCCGAAAGUAUCUUAUUCCAGACGAUAACGACGAGGUUUGGCACGAGCAGCAGCGCGAGCUGAUGGAAAUGAAUCCCGAGUUGGCCAAAAACACUAAAGGACUCAAUCUGCCUGCCUACAGAUCUGUCUUUGAAAAGAUGAUUGGAGGCAACAGAACUGGGGUUGUCAAGUACAACAACCUGAUUAAGCGAUAUAAGGAAAAUCCGCCCAAAUCUGUCUUCGACGAGACAUUUGGAGGCAACAGAACUGGGGUUCCCAAGUACAACAAACUGAUUAAGCGAGAUAAGGAAAAUCCGCCCGAAUCUGUCUUCGACGAGACAUUUGGAGGCAACAGAACUGGGGUUCCCAAGUACAACAAACUGAUUAAGCGAGAUAAGGAAAAUCCGCCCGAAGUCGCCGAUAUGGAGGAGGUGGCCUAUAAACAUCGUAUGCUCCCCAGUCGUCCGUCUAUGCGCUAUGAGAACAGAAUACCACGACCAUCAAUAAGAACCACAAACGCUGCGCCACUUAAACGUCCAUAUCCGUAUCCGACUGACGUGAAUCGUAUGCGCGAACCGCCCAUCAAGUCCUAUAAACCCAACCCAAUAUGGACUUAGGUUAUACAAUCCGUGGGAGCACAUAAAAAAUACUUAAAACAAGAAGAAAUCAGCAUUCAAAAUGAAGCCAUCAAUGAAUAAACAUUAACUUUCUAUGAAUUAUAAAAAACUAAUAAAAUAAAACGCAUUGCAAUCCAA